AGUGGCCAUAAUGUUCCACGUUGCCUGAGUUUGCUUUUUUGUUGUGGGUUUAUCCCCGUUCUGUAUUAUAAGCUUUCUUCACAAUUUAUUAGGGCAUUGUACUUUUGCAUGUCCCGGGAUCACAUUUCAAAUUAGGCUGUACAUUUUGCUAGUCUGUAAAAUCCUGCUAGCUUUUAUUUUAAUCCAGUUGUAUAUUAAAUGGUUGGAUUCUAUAGGUUUUCCAUAAAAAUUGGACUCUAGUACCUGCAUACGAUUAAAAUAUCGUAAUCCAGUGUUAAAUUACAAAAAUUUCCAUUGAAUUGACGGAUUUAUAGUCUAAGGAUGGGACUUUAAAAGCAUGUAUUAAUUAUAUAUGCGGAAUCAAGGUUUGCUACGAUGGCCAGUGAUUCCGCAUGUGGGCUUGGAGAUCUGUCAAAUGACGACACUCCUGUUACCCAUGUAGAUCCUGAAAAUAAUAUAGGUGAGGAUUCUGCGAUAUCUACCGAUGAACAGACUCAAAACAGACCGAACAGCAAUUUGUUGUUUGAUUCCAUUAGGUCUAUGCCGUUUAUGUCAUUCAUAUUCGGUGGUAAUACCAGGAAUUCUUCAAUAAAUACAACUAAUCGUCUGCUAGUAUUAAAGUGUUUGAUAAUUUUACAUCUCUUAAUAUUAGCUCUAUUGGUUAGCUUGACAUGCUGGGCUAUAUUUCACUACAAUGUUCGGUUCUACAAGCCACAGAUUAGGCCCUCUGAGACACUUAUUGUUUGCUGGUUGCUGCGUGCAAUAUGGCAUAUAGUAAACAGUGCUUGGUCUUUGAAGCACUAUUCUUCCGAGGCUCCUCAACGAACCGUACUCAGGAUUUCACAGGCAGUAUAUAAUGUGGUUACCCUGUUUUGGGUAGGGUUUGCAGUUUAUUUUUUGGGGAUCAACCCCCGUGAGGAUUUACAGUCGCCUUCAUGCCGUAUUUGUUACUUCUUGCUCUGGAUAACUAUAGCCUCUUACAUCAUUCCAAUGUUGGCUUACACAUUUAUUUGCUUAUUGCUUUAUAUUACGCUAUUUUUGGUAAUAUACUUUAGGCAUGGCGCUGUUUAUACAACUUCUUCUAUCCCAUCCAGCCUGAUACGAAAGAUGAAGGUUGAGAGGUAUAGGGAUGUUGUGAGUAAAAUUGUAAGUUCAAAUGCCAAGGGUCCAUCGAAAUCAGAGGACGUUAGAGUAGUCGUUGCUGAGGAUUCAGUGGCUGAAAAACAUUCAAAACACAAUAGCAGCUGUAAAGCCGUGCUGAACGAGCGGUUGUGUUCGAUUUGCAUACUGGAGAUUAGGGAUGACGACAAGGUGUUUAUCUUACCAUGUGAUAUUAGACACUUGUUUCACAAGGAAUGUCUUAGAAAGUGGUUUAAAAGGAGCAAAGAAUGUCCAAUUUGUCGUUCUAAUAUAUGUGAGCUAUUACAGCAGUAAUUUUAACUAGUUCCGCAUA